AGCGACCGGCGACUGGUCGAGAACAUCACAUUCACGCCGAUGACGGUCGAGUCUACACUCACGGUCCAACGCCACAUACCUGCGUAACAUCGCGUUCACCGGCAGCCGUGUGCACUACCACGGUAACAGGAGAUCCGAGUUCGCAGUAUCAACAACCAUGUGUUCAGCAACGUCUUUGGUCCGCGUCUUCGGCCUGGCCGCCGUUUUCGGUGGUGCUGCGUCCGCCGUGCAGCAGCAGCGGGAAGACAUCGCGGUUGGAGGGCUCGGCACGGUUCUGUGGACGGUGCUGGACGAUUGUUUCGGUGACGGUGGCGACGAGACGGCCGUGGUGUGCCUCAAGUCUAAAGCGCUGACCGCCCUGGACCGAGCUCUCAGCAAGCCCACCGUGACGGUCGCCGACGGUCUGGUGCUGUCGGCCCGUGCCGGAAAGUCCCUGACGAUCGACCCGCAGGCGGAGAAGGCCGACCGUGAAGCGUUGGCCGCCGUCAAGGAUUCAGACCGCAAGAGCGCUAUGUUGGACGACAUGCUGGCCGUCCGAAUGGAAAGGCUCAUGUCCUCCAGAAGCAUCGUACUGGACGGACCGACCGAUCAGGAAGGCCGUAAGAAGAAAGAUAAAGGUAUGCAACAAGCUAUGAUGAUGGCUGGUAUGGCAGCGGCUGCGGUCAUGGGUCCGAUGAUGAUAAAAUUGAUCAUGUUGUUGAGCGUUAAAGCUUUGCUGCUCAGCAAAAUCGCUCUGCUUUUGUCGGGUAUCAUAGCGCUCAAGAAACUUUUCCAACCACAAAAAGGCGGUGGUAAAGAAUCCGAGUCUCAUGAACACUGGGGCCGCAGUAUGAAACUUGAUGCUCACGACAUGGCGUACUCAAGUCAAAAGCAAGAACUUACCCGAUCGAGCACACGUUCAACAGCACCAGCCAUGUAUUCGUCAGUAGUUUAUUUUCAACGCGCCUUCGUUCUCGUCGCCAUUUCCGGUCUCGCGUCUUCUAUACCCUUACAGCUGCAGCAGCACUCAGAAGAUGGAGGUGGUGCCGCUACGGCUGGAGGACUGGGUACGGUCCUGUGGUCGGUGUUGGAAGACUGCUUGGCCGGCGACGAAUCGGCCGAACCAGCCGCUGUGUGCCUCAAGUCCAAAGCGUUGACAGCUCUGGACCGAGCCCUUAGCAAGCCCACCGUGACGGUCGCCGACGGUCUGGUGUUAUCGGCCCGCGCCGGCAAGUCUCUGAUGUUCGACUCGCAAGCAGAGAAGGCCGACCGUGCGGCUCUAGAUGCGGCCAAGGAUUCGGACCACAAGAAUGCCAUGUUGGACGACAUGCUGGCCUCCCGGAUUGACAGGCUCAUGUCCUCCAGGAGCAUCGUACUAGAAGAACCUGCUGGCGAAGAAGGUCGUGGUAAGAAGAAAGACAAGGGCAUGAAACAAGCAAUGAUGAUGGCUGGUAUGAUGGCUGCUGCAGUUAUGGGACCGAUGGCGAUGAAAAUGAUUGGUUUGAUCGCCAUGAAAGCACUAAUAGUCGCAAAAAUUGCUCUGGUCCUGUCCGGUAUUAUAGCACUAAAGAAACUCCUUCAGUCACAACAAAGCAGUGGAGACAGUGGUCACGAGUCCGAGACAGUGUCUCAUCAUUAUGCACGAAGCAUGUCACUUGAAGCUCACGACAUGGCUUACUCGGGCCAAAAGCAAUAAACUUUCAUUAAAUGAAAAUAUUAUUAUUUAUUUAUUUAAGUCAUAUAAUGACUACCGUCUUGUCAUUAAAUUAUUGUUCGA